AUGCUUUCAACAUUCUCAAAAGAUUUCGAAGCAUGGAAAGAGGGGCUCGUACUCGGUGCUUUCAUAUGCGGAGAUGAAAUGAAAUUAAGUAACAGCGCUCAAAAAUUUAACGAAAUCACUGGUUGUAAAUUAAGUGAUUUUUUAAGUGACUUGAGUACGCCUAUGAAACUUGGAAAUUCGGUUACGUUCACAAAUUUAGACCCUGAAUACUUUAACGUUUGCGUUGUGAGCGUGGGAAAAGAAGAAGUCGGCUACAACAGAAUCGAAGAACUCGACGAAUGUAAAGAAAAUGUAAGAAUCGCCGCGGGUACGGGUGCCAGAAGACUAAGAGAAACGGGAGUCACCUGCAUCAAUUUCGAUGGUAUGGGUCAUCCGGAAUCAGCUGCCGAAGGAGCUCAACUUGCUGUGUGGAGAUAUCAAGAUUUUAAAUGUAAAGAUGAUCAAUUAAAAAUAGCCAUUGUCGACUUGUACGGAGAUGAUGAUAAGGAGGCGUGGACAAGAGGUAUUUUUAAAGCUGAAGCACAAAACAUAGCAAGAAAAAUGGCUGAUUGUCCUCCAAAUUGUAUGACUCCAGCAGUUUUUGCUCAAACUGUUAUCGAUCUAUUAUGUCCUUGUGGUGUACAAAUUGAGGUAAGAGAUAAAGAUUGGUUGGAGACGAAAAAAAUGAAUGCCAUAUUGUCAGUUGCUAGAGGAUCCUGCGAACCUCCCGUGUUUUUGGAACUUGGUUAUUGUGGUGGAUCUCUUGACGAAAAACCGAUACUUUUGAUCGGUAAGGGUCUCACAUUCGACAGCGGUGGCUUGUGUUUAAAUGCUCCUCGCGGAAUGGAUGAAAUGAGAGCUGACAUGGCUGGAGCUUCGGUUAUAGUCGGUGUUAUAAAAGCAGCUGCUUCCAUGAGUUUACCGCUUAAUAUCAGAGGUCUAAUUCCACUUUGCGAAAACAUGCCAAGUGGUAUGGCAUUGAAACCCGGAGACGUUAUUCACUCGAUGGCUGGUAAAACCAUAUUAGUGCAAGAUACCGGUCACGAGGGUAGACUUUGCAUCGCGGACGCCAUGACGUACGGUCAAAUAGAAUACAAACCGAGAAUGAUGAUAGAUAUAGCGACCCUUACGACGGGAAUGAAAAAAGCAUUGGGAGCCGGUGCGACGGGUGUUUUUUCAAACGACGAAGACAUAUGGAAAGAACUUCAAAAAGCCGGAAGCAUAACCGGAGACAGAGUUUGGAGAUUUCCAUUGUGGCAACAUUUCACGGAUAAAGUCGUUAAUUUUCCCGAGGUUGAUUUACACAACGUUGGUUUGGGAGUCGGAGGUGGUCCCUGUUUGGGAGCUGCAUUCUUACAAGAAUUCGUUUGCGUUGAUUGGUUACAUUUAGACAUUGCCGGUACCGGUAUGCUAUCACACGGUGAAGAAAUCCCUUAUCUACCAAAAGGAAGAAUGACGGGAAGACCGACGAGAACGAUAAUACAAUUUCUAUAUCAGAUAGCUUGCCUCGGAAAAGGAAGAAAAUAUGGUAGAAAUAAUAAAAAAAAUGAUUUUACGUUCAUGGUAGCACGUAGCUCACACGCAAGUUCUUCGUGA